UCAUUUCACGAACAGCUUGCUCGUUUGUCUCUUUUUCUCGACAAAGGCAACCUUACCUUGUUACGCAACAAAGACGCCCUGCUCUGUCCUUCUACGCAGUUGAGUGGCAAGAUGAGCGAAGAUGAGCAGCGACCUAUCAAUGAUAGCAGAGCCUACGAGUUGGUGAAGAGUCUACGAGUGAGCUUUAAUUCGGGGAAGACGAGAAGCUACGCCUGGAGAGCUUUUCAAUUGAAGGGCAUCAUCCGGAUGAUGGACGAGAAGGAAGAGGAAAUCAUGAAUGCGCUCCAUGCCGAUCUUUCUAAGCCCCGACUCGAGUCUUUUGUCCACGAGAUUUCAUUGGCAAAAUCUACUUGCUCGUUGGCUCUAAAAGAAUUGCAGCAAUGGAUGAAACCCGAGAAGGUGUCGAGUAUACUAACAGCCUUCCCCUCAUCAGCAGAGAUUUUACCAGAGCCCCUGGGUGUUGUGCUGAUUAUUUCAGCUUGGAACUAUCCUUUCUUGCUCGCUAUUGAUCCUGUCAUAGGAGCUAUUGCAGCGGGUAAUUCUGUUGUCCUAAAGCCAUCAGAAAUUGCUCCAUCCACAUCAGCUUUGUUUGCUAGAUUAUUACCGAAGUAUAUAGAUAACUCUUGUAUUAAAGUUGUUGAGGGCACUGUUCCUGAAACUACUGCACUUUUGGAACAUAAAUGGGACAAAAUACUUUAUACAGGAAAUGCAAAAGUUGGACGCAUUAUUAUGGCUGCAGCUGCAAAGCAUUUAACUCCUAUAGUUUUGGAACUUGGUGGAAAAUGUCCUGUUGUUGUGGAUUCCAACGUUGACUUAAAAGUUGCAUCAAAAAGGAUUGUUGUUGGCAAGUGGGGGUCCAACAAUGGUCAAGCUUGCAUCGCACCCGAUUAUAUCAUUACAACAAAAUCUUUUGCUCCACAAUUGGUGGACGCUUUAAAAAUCUCUCUCAAGUCAUUCUAUGGGGAGAAUCCUAUGCAGUCUGAGGAUCUAUCUCGUAUUGUGAAUUCCAAUCACUUCGCACGCAUAAUAAGGCUUCUAGACGAUGAGAAAAUUUCAGGAAAGAUCAUUCAUGGUGGAGAGAGGGAUGAGAAGCUUCUAAAGAUUGCUCCUACUCUCCUAUUAGACGUUCCAGAUGAUUCUUUGAUAAUGCAGGAGGAGAUCUUUGGUCCCUUGCUUCCUAUUGUUACUGUUGACAACAUAGAAGAGAGUAUUGACUUGAUAAACUCAAAGCCAAAACCUCUCAGCGCUUACCUCUUCACAAAGAACAAGAAAUUGGAAGAAAAAUUUGUCAGAGCUGUCUCUGCUGGUGGUUUGCUUAUCAAUGACACAAUCAUGCAUUUUGCGAAUCCUAAUCUGCCAUUCGGAGGGGUAGGAGAGAGCGGAAUUGGUGCAUAUCAUGGCAAAUUUUCAUUUGAUGCCUUCAGCCACAGGAAGGCUGUUCUACACCGGAGCUUUGGUGGGGAAGUAUCUGCAAGAUAUCCUCCUUAUACAGCACAGAAACAGAAGUUUCUAAGGGCUCUUCUUUCUGGCGACAUCAUAGGUGUCAUUCUAGCUAUCAUUGGCUUUCCCAGGUCUUGAUUAUUAGGUCUUUUUUGUCUUGGGAAGACAUUUGCAGAGGCUCUAAUCUUAUUGAAAGGUCGUUGGAACGUAUAUCAUAAUAGUCAUUGUGCAUGAUUGUAUCCUUCGUGUGUGGUAUCUUUGGUACCAUUUUUGUAAUAAACAUUGCCAGUUUUUAAAUAUUUAUGAUUACAAUAAUUCUGAGAUUGUUCA